AUGGUUCACCUUGUUGGGACUAGCGCUGCGCAGGCUGCUUCGUCGGUGCUGCGAUCUGAGGCUCGAUCCUCGCUACUUCGUGGAGCUCAGGUGGUCCAGGCUCGCAACGUUCACGACCUUACUAUCAACCGAAAGACGGGUAGGCCUAUCAUCAAGUCUGGUCCUUAUGGCGGCGGACGAUCGUCGGUCUCGGGUCACGUCGUGACCGUGUUCGGCUGCACCGGUUUCCUCGGACGAUACCUUGUCAACCGUCUCGCACAGAAGGGCUCGCAGGUCAUCAUCCCUUACCGCGAUGAGGACGAAAAGAGGCACUUGAAGGUCAUGGGAGACCUUGGACAGGUCGUGCCCAUGGAGUGGGACCUGAGGCACGACGAGCAGAUCGAGGAGUGCGUGCGACACUCAGACGUGGUCUACAACCUGGUCGGACGACACUACGAGACCAAGAACUUCACCUUCAACGACGUGCACGUCACUGGUGCUCAGCGCAUCGCUCAAAUCGCCGAAUCGGCCGGUGUCGGCCGCUUCAUCCACGUCUCGCACCUCAACGCCGAUGCCAACUCGCCCUCGGCGUUCCUGCGAUCCAAGGCGGAAGGUGAGGCGAUGGUCAAGCGUGCUUUCGAGGGCGCCACCAUCGUCCGCCCCAGCACCAUGUGGGGCCACGAGGAUCGAUUCCUGAACCAGAUGGCCGUCUACCCAUACGCUUGGCGCGUCAACCAUGGUCAGACCAAGAUGCGCCCCGUGCACUCGCUCGACGUGGCGCACGCUCUGGAAAAGAUGCUCGAAGCCGACGUGACGUCGAUGGGCGCCACCUUCUCUCUUGCCGGGCCCAAGGAGUACACCAUCGGCCAGAUCCUGCAGCUCGUGGAAUCGCUCACCUUCACCUCGUUGGCCAAGCCAGGCCUGAACACGCCGAAGUGGGCGUUCAAGCUGGCGGCCAAGAUUGCCGAUCUGGCAUGGUGGCCCAUGAUCUCGCCGGACGAGGUGGUGCGACGAUACAUUGACGACCUGCCCGACGCACCUGGCACCAAGAGCUGGGCCGACUUGGCCAUGACCCCGGACACACUCGAGGAGACGGCGGCACCAUACCUGAGGAGAUACCGACCUACGACAAGGUUCGAGCAGCCGCUCGAGACUGGUGGUGCUCGCCUCAAGAAGCCAAAGUACCACGUACUCGACUGA